AUGUCCAUGAACGCCAGAACCGCCUCGCAGGCAUUCAGAGCUCUGCGACCUGUCGUUGUUCGUACUUUAGCUGUCCCAGCUCAUCGAAACUAUGCCAUAUCAUCCGAACCAGAUCUCAAGACUACCUUCAGGGAGUGCAUUCCAGCGAAGCGGGAGCUGUUGAAGAAGGUCAAGGCAAAAGGGGACAAGGUCAUUGGGGAGGUUAAAAUCGAGAACACAAUUGGCGGAAUGAGAGGAUUGAAAGCUAUGGUAUGGGAAGGAUCCGUCUUAGAUGCCAAUGAGGGCAUUAGAUUCCAUGGCAGAACUAUCAAGGAAUGUCAAAAUGAGCUUCCGAAGGGAACAAGUGGUACAGAGAUGCUCCCAGAAGCUAUGUUCUGGCUACUUUUGACCGGCCAGGUCCCUUCCACCUCCCAAGUCAGACAAUUUUCCAAGGAACUGGCAGAGCAAUCAGCUCUGCCCGACUUUGUUAACAAGAUGCUCGAUAACUUUCCAAAAGAUUUACACCCAAUGACUCAAUUCGCCAUUGCCGUUUCAGCACUCUCCCAUACAUCAAAAUUCGCCAAAGCAUAUGAAAAGGGUGUUAACAAGGCGGAUUAUUGGGAGCCGACCUUUGAUGAUAGCAUCUCCCUUUUGGCAAAACUUCCUGUUAUUGCUGCCAAAAUCUAUCAAAAUUCAUACAGGGGUGGUGGAGCCUUCCCAGCAGAGGUUGAUCUGGAACAAGAUUGGUCAUACAAUUUCGCAGCCAUGCUCGGUAAAGGAGGCAAGGAGAACGAGAACUUCCAAGACUUGUUGAGAUUAUAUUUGGCUCUCCAUGGUGACCAUGAAGGUGGAAAUGUUUCCGCGCAUGCCACUCACUUGGUAGGAAGUGCUCUGAGUGAUCCCUUUUUAAGUUACAGUGCUGGCCUACAAGGUCUUGCUGGACCUCUCCAUGGUCUGGCCGCACAAGAAGUCCUUAGAUGGAUCUUGCAAAUGCAAGAACACGUAGGAACGAAAUUCACCGACAAAGAUGUAUCCGACUACCUAUGGACAACCCUCAAAUCCGGUCGUGUCGUACCCGGCUACGGCCACGCUGUUCUUCGCAAGCCCGAUCCCCGUUUCGAAGCCCUCAUGGAUUACGCCUCCUCUCGACCAGAAAUUGCUAAAGACCCUGUCUUCAAACUCGUAAAGAAGAACUCUGAGAUUGCCCCAGCAGUAUUAAAAGAACAUGGAAAAACGAAAAAUCCGUAUCCAAAUGUAGAUUCUAGCUCUGGUGUUCUAUUCCAUCAUUAUGGUUUCCAUGAGACGCUCUAUUAUACCGCGACCUUUGGUGUUAGUAGAGGUUUGGGACCAUUGGCACAGUUGAUCUGGGAUAGAGCGUUGGGACUGCCAAUCGAGAGACCUAAGAGUAUUAAUUUGGAGGGGUUGUUGAAGUUGGCCGAGUAG